AACCGGUUUCGUACGCCACUCAUGUACGAGUAAACCGGACGACGUAUGCUCGGUGAGUGAGUAAGCAACGUUUAGCUUAAGAAUUACGAUAAUAAUGUGUAUUAAAAGCUCCUUAUUGCGUAUAUGUGAGGACAGUUUAAGGGAGCUGCACUCUGCUUCCUGGAACUGGGUCUCUGCUCUUACUGAGCGUUACUGAGAUAAGGAGCAAUAGAGGUUUUGAGAGAGGAGCGCAAAGAUGAUGGCCAGUGAGAUGCGAGCAGCCAUACAGAAGGUGCCAAUGGGGUACCGGUUCCACCCGACAGAUGACGAGUUACUCAAUUACUACUUGAGGAGAAAGAACCUGGGGCUUGAAGAAGUCGAAUGCGUCAUUCCCGACGUUGAUAUUUGCAGGUGGGAGCCUCAGGAAUUACCAGGAAAGUUUACUGAAUCAUCAAUCGUUGAGCCGAAAGACCUCGAGUGGUGGUUCUUCUGUGAGCAGGAGCCUGGUCCAACUGCUCCGAGGUCUACCGGUGGAGGGCACUGGAAGAAAACUGGUGAAACCAGGGAACUCAGAAGUCGGAAUACCAAACAAAUGAUUGGAUCUAAGAAGAUUCUGACGUUCUUCCAAGGAACUAGUUCCAACAAGACCAAGACUGACUGGGUUAUGCACGAAUUCCACCUGCCAAGCAAUGCUUUAGAUGGACUCUCCCUCCCGAUCAAUAGGAAGAACUAUGUUUUGUGUAUGAUAAAGUGCAAUUCAGACGAGAAGGCCAAUUCAACUCCAUCCUCCCAUGAAUAUGAAUAUGGACGACAUGAGCCUAUGACUAUCGACACAGAUGGUAUCCUGGAGCUGGAACCUGACGAUGGUUCCAUACCAGAGGAUUCGGUUCUAGCAAAAAUGCAAUCGCUAGAACCCCUGUGCAGGACUUCGACAAACUCGCCGCCUGAGAUGGUAGUGUUCCAAGGGGGUGUCUCCACACAGGGGACUUCGACAAACUCGCCGCGUGAGAUGGUAGAGUUCCAAAUGGAUGUCUCCAGUUCGGCCGAUUCCACUCCCACGCCGUUCUCGUUUGAAAGGGACUCUAUUGAGUUGGAUUCGCAACUGUCUUCCAGUGAAGACAGCGAUGUCACGGAUUUCUUGAAUCAGGCUCUCAUAGACCAGGAUGACCACUUCCAUGGAUUUGAAACGCAAACUGAUGUUUCCCAAUCAGGAGUUAUCCAAGACCUGGACAACAAUAUGUUCGAAACAUUGACGCCUCAUGAACAGCACGCAGUUAUCAUGGAGAAUAAACAGACAGAAAAGGUGGAGUCACUCCAUGGUUAUGUCCCUAUAGACGAGAAGAAAGGCAUUGUUGAAGAUGAUUUCCCCAAACCAACUGCUUCUUCUCUUCGAGUAAAGAGUCCUGAAGUGAAGAGCAAGAAAGAAACUCCCAAGAUUACUUCAUAUAAGCCGGCAGAGGCUAAAGCACAGAAGCAUGUUCCUACUAAGAUCAAAGAGGAAAUGUUAUCUGCCUGCUCAUCCUUGACUUCCAUCAACAAACCAAGAGAAGCGGCGAUACAAGUGGAAGGGCGUACAAAUGCUGCAAGUAGUACUACAACCAAGAAGAAAGAGAUCAACUCCAUUGUGGCUCUCAACGAACACGAGCAAGCUGCUCAAGAACUGAAACUGGUUGCCACCAGAGUAAAGCCAAUGUCGUCUUCUUCAACCAACUUUGGUAGAAAGUGCUGCUACAGCGAUCCACCCGCUAUGUAUACCUGUAGAAAGUGCUGCGACAGCAAUCCAUCCACUAUGUAUAUCCUGAUUCUGCUUGGGUUUAUUGUAACGCUAAUGCUCAUAGCCAUUUUCAGCAAAAUCUUUGACAGUGUGGAAUACUGGGACAUCUACUGAUGCUCUGUGCUGGGAGUAAUAAUCAUCCAAUGACAAUGAUGUUGGUGGGGGUCCAAGGUCGGGACCGUGUAUAUACAACUUAUGUAGCAUGCUGCUGUAAGUUUCUGUUAGGCUUAGUAUUUGCCCAGUUGUAAGCGUUCCUGUCUCGUGGAAUUGUGGUCUGGUGCCAUCUGAGACUUUAUAUUGCUAGGAAAUAAGCAUCUUACAUUAUAUUACUACAUUCCAUUCUCUUGUUAUUCCAUCAUUACCAAGAGGACCACGGAAGUUCCGGCAUUUUGCCAACAGGUUAUUGCUAUGCCCACACAGAAACUCCUGCAAGCAUAAAGAUCGAUUGAUGCACAGCGAUAUGUAAGAUUCGAGGAAAGCAAAGACAACAUCGGAAUAUGAUCAAUUACCAGACCAGCCACUGGCUGCUGCUCCUCAUGUCAUUCAGAUCUCGGGUGGAAUUACAAGCACGGAGGCUGUAUUCAACUUAGAGGCAGACCUCUGUUUUCAUCAAACUACCCUCCUCUCUCUCUGCACAAAUACAAUUUCUCCAAUUUCAUACUUCAAUCUUCAGAGAGUCCAUCAAUGGCUCCAAGUGCAGCAAAUGUUAACUCUUCCCUUCCAAUCGAGAACUACAUCCUCCUCGCAAAGAGUUCAUCCUCAAAAGAAUCAACAUCACCCAAAGUUGAGGUAUCUGCAGAACCCUCUGCACAAGGAAAGUGGGACUCGGGCAAGACCGAGAAGCGGCAGGGCCUCUAGGCUGACCUUUCCGUCCCAUAUUCAACUACCCAACCCAAGAGAAGGUUUAAAGAAGCUCUACAACUCAGCUGCUGCUAGGAACUAUAUAACAUCUCCAUGCACGUGUGCGUGUGUGUCUGCAUUUGCAUCAGUUGAAGAAUCAUGAGAUGACAAUGGCUGUAUUGUACGGGAAUGCAAAUAAUAGAAUGCACUCAUUUUCUUUUUUUCA